GUCUACGGCUGUAGUAGAUCAAUUUCUAUCGACUAUCAUGCCUCCCGAACUUGCCGCGCCUAUGGAGGAGAUUAAUGCCGGCAUGGAUGCUCUACCGCCGCCGGUAGCCGUACGUCCGCCAGUCGCAGCUAAGCCUCCGGUGCUUGGGAGGAUACCUAAGAAAUGGAAGUGGACAGGAGAGGUCUUCGUCGAAGUCGAAGCAGGCAAGGCGCAGCGUUUGUGCAACGUCACCAUGUCCGACGCCACGGAUCCGCGCCCGAACGGCCUCCGGUUCAGCAUAUGCCUGACCACGGACUCUAUUAGGCUGCAGAAGAUUUACGGUGUAGCCGACUUCUACAUGGUCAUGCAAGCUUGCUCUCCUGUUCAGCAGUUCGCGAAAGUGGGACCGCAGGAUGAUGGAGAUGCCGAAGCGUUGAAGGCGUUCACAUCGUACUUGCGACGUAGGCGUUCGUUCACCUAUGCCCGACUGAUUUUGGAUGACGUAGAAGUAGCGUUGCUGCUGUUAUUCCCGCUCUCCCUGUUCGAGCUUCGCCAAGCACUGAAGGUGCCGCAGGAACUGGUCGAUGCAAAUGCUCUCGUCGCCGCCCUUGUGCCGUGGGAGCUGUCAUGGCGCACGUACGAAGACGCCCUUUGGCUCAGUCCAAGAUCAUUGGAGCCUAGCCAGAAUCGGCCUCCAGCUGCAGUGUUCGAAGCCCUCCAGAAAAGUAGUAUAUUCCCGAACACGCCCCUGUUCCACCGUGUCCUACGCAUCCUGAUGGUCCCGAGAACGCUUCUUGAUUUCAUGUCUACGCCGAAUCGGCCCUAUUGCCUCUGGUAUGCCAACGCCGACGGUGUACAUCCAUCACGUGGCUACGAGACGAAGUUGCUGCAAACGUUCCUGACUAUUUGCAAGGCCCGCGAUGUCGGAAUCAAGGCGGACGUACGCGCUGUCUUCGUGCACAUAGGCGCCUUGGCAACCCUGUACAAGCUUCCAGCGCUGGCAGAGAGACGGUAUAAGCGACCCGAUCUCCGCUUCUAUACCUAUGGCUCGCAUGAGAACGUCUCGCCGGACCGCUGGGGCGUCCGCGAGAUCUUUCCGCUUGGCGGCGUUGUCACCUUUACGCCGGCCGCGGUGAUCGAGAACAUCGUGGGUACAUAUGAACUCAUCAAAAAGAUUGACGAACAUCCGCUCUGGCAAUGCUAUAUUUUGCCUUCUGUGGUCGCGAUGCUGGCGAUGCUGACCUGCCAAGAUCAGGCACCGCUGACUCUGUUCGACCAAGGCGAAUUCCUCCUCGAUGGGCUGCUUGACCUAAUUGUUCAGGGCAAGCUGUCUCUCCUACGGGCUCCGACUACCAAUCACAGCACUCGUGCGAAGAAAUGGAUCGGCUGGCAACUCCAGCUACUCGACAUGGAUGCUCGCACGCUCCUCGAGGAAUGCAUCAGAACAGCCAAGGAGCAGUACAGUGACGUCAAAGCUGAAUUAGCGGACGCGAUACAAAAAGAGAUCGCUCGAGACCUCUGGGCUCUGCAGAUGCAGCCAGCGGUCAUGGACGAGUAUCGACGACUCGUCGUUGUGAAGUCGAAGUCCUCGGAUCGGUACUUUACCGAGGACAAGGAAGGAAUUGAAUGUGUAUCGCUGUCUGAAUUCGACUUCAAAGAUGCCUUUUUUACAUCGGAGGACUGACGGUGAUGUUCGCUGAAGGAGCACUACUUGAUUCUGCGGACAACGUGUUGUGUAGGCCAGCUGCGUCGUGCUUUGUAUGCUUUGCUUUCGAAUGGAUUACGUACAUUUCCUUG